GAUGUCUCGGGCAGGUAUUAGACAUCCUGCGCUGCGUCUCCUUCCUUUUCACUGAACGUGUCAACCAUGGCGCCGAUUAAGAAACACGCGGUGGUCAAAAAGCCGAGUGGCAAGAGGAAGAAGCAGAUUUUAAAGUUCACGCUGGACUGCACGCACCCGGUGGAGGAUGGCAUCAUGGACGCCGCCAACUUUGAGCGAUUCCUACAGGAGCGCAUCAAAGUCAACGGCAAAGCGGGAAGCCUCGGCGGUGGCGUGGUGUCCAUCGAGAGGAGCAAGAGUAAGAUUGCGGUCAACUCUGAAGUUCCCUUUUCCAAGAGGUACCUCAAGUAUUUGACCAAGAAGUACCUGAAGAAGAACAACCUGCGGGACUGGCUGCGAGUGGUGGCCAACACCAAGGAGAGCUACGAGCUGCGCUACUUCCAGAUCAACCAGGACGAUGAGGAGGAAGAGGAAGACUAAAGCCGACGCCACGUUCAAUAAAACGCCAGAAAAGACGGAAGCGUAAA